AUGGACAGGAAGAGUAGCAGCGACGUCGUUGGGAAGGCUGUCACGAUCGAGGACACACUGAAUCAGGGUGUCGUUCUCUAUACAGAAGACGGCGCAGUCCGCAAGCUCCCCGUGCCUUCAUCCAACCUCAAUGAUCCACUAAACUUCAGUCCCCGUCGCCAGCGCCUGAUCCUUACGGUUAUUUGUGUCUACGGCAUCACUGGUUUUGGUGCCGUUCAAUCUACUCCGCUCUUCUUCGGCAAACUUGUUCCCGAGUACGUGCAGAAGACACAUGGAGCAUUUAAUCCGUCGCGCAUCGCAGACCUAGCCAGUUAUCCUACUUUGUGUAUGGGUUUGGGCAACUUCUUCUUUGUGCCCCUAUCGAUGGCUAUUGGUCGUCGCGCUGCGUUCAUUUUGAGCAGUAUCAUUCUGCUAGCAUCCAUGAUUUGGGCUGCCCGGUCUGAGUCUUUUGAGUCUCAUCUCGGUGCCCGUUGUCUUCAGGGUCUCUGCGCAGGCAUCUCGGACUGCUUGUUACCCAUCAUUGUCCUCGACAUCUCAUUCCUACACAAGCGAUCUACCCGCCUCGUUGCUUACUGGGUUACCACUUCUGUCGGCUCCUCCCUUCUACUCGUUGCCGUUCCAUUUAUAGUCGAGCACACAGGCGGAGACUGGAGAGUGAAUUACUGGUUCUGGGUUGGCUUUGCCGGCUUCUCAUUGCUGGCGAUCGUUUUGGGUGUGCCAGAAACACUUUUCUUGCGCCCGCCGGCACAGAUCGCCGGACAAGUCCAUGUUACUGACAGCUACAGCACGCACCGAGCCUUUGCUACGGUAGACGAAGCCCGAGAGGCAGGAUUUCACGUUGAUGAUAUCGGCACUCCUGAAGGUCGCCAAAUAGAACGUUCCUACGUACGCCAGUUUGCUCCAUUCCAGGUACAGAAGGCGCCUCUUAUCCGGUUUCUUGCUGCAUACAAGGAUAUCAUGAUGUGCCUGUUGAUCCCUGGUGCGUUCUGGGCGCUGGCCUUCAAUAGUAUCGUUUUUGGUGGCCUUGUUGUCCUUAGCCUCACCUAUGGUGAGGCCCUGGAAGAGGCGCCGUGGCACUUCUCCCCUUCCGCCAUUGGCACGGUCCAGGCUGGGGCAGCUAUCGGCGCCUUGCUCGGCCUUAUCGUUGGUGAGAUGACUGAGCUUAUGAGCCGCUUCCUAGCUCGACGCAAUUACGGGGUGCGUGAGCCGGAGCACAUUCUUUUUAACUUCCUCUUCCCUGCUGCAAUGUCAUUCCUGGGUCUCGUAUUGUACGGUCUUAUCGGAGCGCAUCCUGAGAAGUACAGCUGGGCUGGCAUUCACGUGGCUUUUGGACUUUAUUACUUUGGAUUCUGUGCCAUUUCAGCUCUCACGGGUGUGUGGCUCGGCGAGCUGAUCCCUCACAUGUCGGGCCCGGCUAUUGUGCUAACGUGCGGUGGUCGCAACGCUGUUUUCUUUCGGCUACAGCCAUAA